AAUAUAUAGCUACAUAUUCGCACUGAGACAGUGUGUGCAUGGAACACGAACUAUUCAACAACCUGCUUGACCAAUUCCUACAGGAGGCUUCCAAGAACGCAAGAAUGGAGAAGUUCAUCUUUCUUAUAUUCACUUCAUUUUUAAUGCUAAAAAUGGCAGCUAAAGAUGCUUUGUCCACCUACGAGGAAGACUUUCCAUGCCGUAGCAAACUUGACAGAGGGCAUCGCUGCGACAAGAAUCGAACUGGGCGUGGAAUAAUGUGGUACUACAAUUACUCUUCCCGAUCUUGCCGUAAAUUCACCUACCGCGGAUGCAACGGAAACCACAACCGAUUUUCCAGCAAAAGGAUGUGCAUGGAUAUAUGCGAGCCACCCACGUAUUCCUUGGAUGAAUACAAAAAGCGACUUGGAGAAGAUAUAGUUGCCUAAUGCACAUUAGCGCAAAUAUGGAGCAAAAUUUUCAUCACAGCUUUCAAAUAAACUGUUUGC